GCAACUUCUAAGAGAAUAAGUUUGGGAGGAACUAAUCUGGUCUUGUCUGUGGUGUUUUCCUCUAAAGCCUCCGCGCUUAUUGUCAGUCAUUCUUUUCCUACACUGAGCUAUGACGCUCGGCUCAGCCAUCCAAUGAAGUGACUCUGUAAACAGUGAACCCGCAGCCCCGCAGCCCUUCACCCCGGCCGUCCAUGUGUCUGCAGGGUGCAGCCUCCCGAAAAGCACCGGACAGAAAACCCCCACGAAGGACCGCAACUCACCACCCACGUGUCUGUCACUCGCCGCGCGAGUCCUUACUUAGAAGUGAGCGCAGAAGUUGAAAUAUUCAUCCGGCUAAAACGGCGGAGACUACCUACAGCUGCGAUGGCAGACCGGGAGGCUAGAGUCCGAGAGCUGGUUGCCAAGUGCAUGCAGGCGAAGGACGCGGCUUACUGCCCGUACAGCCGAUUCCCUGUCGGCGCUGCGAUAUUGACAGCAGAUGGCGCUAUAAUCACAGGUUGCAAUGUGGAGAAUGCGUCCUACGGCCUGACAGUGUGUGCAGAGCGCACGGCCAUCCAGAGGGCAGUGGCAGAAGGCCACAGACGAUUCGUCGCUAUUGCCGUGACAUGUGAUAUCAGAGACCGUUUUGUUGGGCCAUGUGGAGCAUGCAGACAAGUUCUCAUGGAGUUUGGAUCUGACUGGAUUGUCUACUUGACCAAGCCAGAUGGAUCUUACAAAGAAACCAGCCUCAGUGAACUGCUGCCUCUGGCAUUUUCUCCAGCCCACCUGGCAAAGGACUGAUUCUGCCACAGAAAUGGCUUCGCUCCGACAUAUUCUGAUCAGAACUGUGUAUAAGCCCAUUCAACCGCAGCAUCAGCCGUUGUUACUCAGGCAUUACACUGAAACGCCCAGCAAAGGAAUUUGAUCAGAUUGAGCACGUGCAUAUCACAACUUACUUUUCAUAUGUGCCUUAUUGCAAAAACAACAGUAUUAAAUUUACUAAUUUUGUAUGAAACUAGUGUAGAAUAAACAGCCUUUUUUCCCCUCAAUUUAAUGUACAUUCGUGCAUGCGAUACUUUUAGUUGAUUUAUAACCAUUGCCAUUUGUUUUGCUGUGUGUAAUGAUGACAUGUGAAAGCAGUUUCAGCGGCGUUAAACAGUGCAGACAGCAAGAAGUACGAGGAAAACUCACGUUUACAUGAAGUUAUAUUUAAUUUAAUACAAAUGUAAAGUGAACUAAUAUACAAGAAAAAAAAUCCACUGUCAGGGAUUUAGUCAAAAAUGCAUAAGUAAUUGUUUAACAAUCUAUACAGCAUUUCUUGCUUUUCUUUUUACAAUUUAAAAGAUUUG